AUGCUUGUCCAGCCCCCUCCGAAAGUACGUGCAGUACGCCACUCUCAGCCACAAAUAGGACUUUUACUGAGGACGGGACCGGCGACGGCGCGCGCCCCCGCGGUGCGACGGCGAGAAGUGGUGUCGGGACCGAACCCAGCAUCCGCGCGUCCUGUUUUUGCGAGCCUUGAGGCGCAGCUCGGCUGCAGCCGCCAGCUUGUAGACUCGCGAGCCCGAGGCGGCGGCGUUAGUCACGGGCGAUGGUCACCCACUGCGCUGCGCUGCCGGCCGCGGGCAGUGGGCGCGAGCCGCUCGGCUCAGCUCAGCUCAGCUCAGGCGCAGCUGCCACGACGCACGGGGCGGGUCCCGUUAGCGGCGCGCCGGAACCCGAUCGUAACGGGACGGGAAGUGACGAGCGCGUCACCGGGCACCGGCUGCUCGCACCCGCUCUUCUGUGUCGGCGCUUCCUCGUCACGACAGGCCGCGGCCCUCUCCGUGGCGACGCACCACGCGGUGCUGGCGAGAAGACCGGCGGUGGUGUCUAGAAAUCGCCACGACCUCUGUGUCACCCGUCGUCCGAGCCGCGCCAGCAACGGCGGCGGCGGCGGCGGCGGCGGCGGCGGCCGCGCGCCUGCGCCGGAUAUAGGGCGCACGACACGCGUCGCAUCGCAUCGCGCCUCGCCGGGCCUGCAGGAAAUAAGGGCAGCGCGUCGCCCUAUCGCCGCCGCCGUGAUGGACGGCGAGUGGCUGGCUGCCACUGGCACCUCAGGUGUCGCUCGCUAG